UGAGGUAUAUAUGAUACAAAUUAAUUAUACAUGAUAUUUAUGAGCUCCUCAGUGUUUUUCUAGAGGGUCGUCAAAUACGAAGUGCAACACAGGUGUUGCAGUCAAAAACCUUGAAAACCCCGCCAGUUUUUUAAUGUUUUCCGUAAUGCUUCCUAUAAGUAAAGCAGUCAUUACUUGGAUUAUUAUGUUUCGCCUGGUUAACGGUAAAAAUGGUUGUAAAGAUCUAGUUUAUCUUCCCUGCGUCCAAAACAAGACCUUUAGAGGUCACGUGAUCAAGAGCUUUCGAAUCCUAGCUCCCGGGUUACAAGAAUGUCAGUCAAGAUGUUUCAAAGAAAAGAUGCCGUGUGUAUCGUACAAUUUGGGUCCCGUGAGUGGACAGGUUACGACGUGCGAGUUGAAUGAUCUUGAUCACGUGUCACAUCCAAGUGACCUCGUUUCGAAGGAAGGCUCCCAGUACUGCCCGAUUAAGAAUCCUUGUUCUUCCAACCCUUGUUCUAAUAAAGAGCUAUGCACACCAGACUUUUAUGACGACACUUUCAGGUGCACUGAUGGAAUUUGGAGUCAGUGGGGUGAGUGGUGCAAAUGUUCUACUACCUGGAGACGUGUACGUACCUGUCGUAACCUGGUUUCCAAUGCAAAGGCAGACGAUUGCCCUGGGCUAAGUCAGGAAAGUAACGACAAGAUCACGCAUGGAAAAGUCCCCGCAAGCUGUUCUGAUGCUUCGCAUUGUGGCUGUAAAACAAGUGGUGUAUACACAUUCAAAGAUAAUCUUAAAUUAUUCUGUGAUCAAGAAACCAAUGGCGGUGGAUGGACAGUUAUCCAGAGAAGACAAGAUGGCUCACAAGACUUUUUUCUGGGAUGGCAAGACUAUAAGGUUGGUUUUGGUAGUCUAACUGGAGAAUUCUGGUUGGGACUCGACAAGAUCCACCAACUGACCCAACAAAGUCGACACAGUCUUCGUGUUGAUCUGGAAGACACUGCCUAUGCUGAGUACGAUUAUUUUGCUGUGAGUGAUGAAGCUGAUUGGUACAGGUUGAGUCUUGGUAACUAUAAAGGCAAUGCUGGAGAUUCACUCGGYAGGCAUCGUAACGCCUUUUUCUCGACAAAAGACCAAGACCAUGAUUUUMAAACCACAAUAAACUGUGCUUCCAAUUUCACAGGAGCAUGGUGGUAUACGAAUUGUCAUAAUUCCAACCUAAAUGGUCUGUACCUCAACGGUUCAACUACCGAGUAUGCUAAAGGUAUUGUUUGGAAAACUUGGAAAGGGCAUAAUUACUCAGCUAAGAGAGCUGAAAUAAAGAUCCGACCAAUAAACUGACACCGUCCCACCUCCUUUAUGUAGACUUCUUAUGCCUAAAUUCAGCAACGAAGGAAUUUUGUGCAGCUGAAGUGGAAAACCGUACAAACAAAAUAAGUGCUUUUCCCCUGACCGGCGUUCAGUACUAAUAGUUAGGGCAUGCAAUUCAAAUUGUGCAUUGAUGCUUGAUAGUUAUACGUCCUUGAUUAACGAAGAAAAAAAUAUACCAGACUGCCAUGGAUAUCAGCACUAAACCAAAGAAUCAUACAAUUUUUGUCGGGGAGAACGGAAAGGAGAUCGCAUCACUGAAAGGGACUAUGGUUACGAUCUUUAACAUACAAAAAUUUCACUUGUUGGGUUUACUCUUACGGUAUAAAUCAGUUAUUACUUCGCAUCCACUACCAAAGYCAUUGCUCUUGUCAAUAGUGCAAUCGCCGUUUGACAAUUGCCAUUCUCCAUUUUAUCCGAMAACCAAUUUUGAAAUAGGUGCAUUAAAACACAUUCAUAUCAAGCCUGGGUCAAACGCAGCCCUAAAUUGUGUCGCACUUAAAAGUUGAAUAGAACGGACAUUUUGUCUGACUGACUGUCAGGCAAAAUGUCGGUUCUAAAUUUGUCGAUCCAARCAUUGUUACUGUAUUACACAAACCAAAAAACGGAAGAAGCCAUGAAAACCAAUCUUUAACGCGUUGGUAACCUGCGAAAGAUCAUCAUCGUAAGUACUCGUCUCCCAUCGAGAACUAUCAAACGACGACCACAACCUCUAGGGUUAUUCACAUCCAGAGUAAAGACUGAAUUAGACGAAACAACKUUUGCCUACAACCAUCUCAUGCGACUGCGUAAGUCAUUUUUACGACAUGGUUAUACAACUUCACAUCCAUGAUCUCAUGUAGCCUGCGUAAGUCAUCCUUGCAGUUGCAGCUAUGUUGUAAAGGCGCUGUCUUAUUUGGCAUUAAAAGAUAUACUAUAAAACUAUUGAAACCUUUCUCCCAAAGCAGGUCCAAAUUG